AUGUCCCUUGUGUCCCUGGAGAAGAAGCUGCUGCGGGAGGAGGAGGAGGAGGCGGCGGCGCUGCGGGCGCGGGCCGGGCUCAGCAUCCCGCUGCUCCGCGAGGAGGAGGAGGAUCGGCGCCUGGCCGCGCUGCUCAGCCUGCGAGCCCCCGAUUCCUACGAGGAGAAGCAGCGGCUGAAGCGCUCCGAGAUCUCCCGGCGCUCCUGGUUCAGCCCCCGAGCGGCCGGGGGGGCUCUGCAGAAAUUGGGUCUGGGGGCUGCGCGGGCUCCCAAAGCCUCCCCGAGCCCCGCGACCCCCGCCGGGCUCGGCAUCGUGCGGCGGCGGGCGGCGGGGGAGGGGUCUCCGGUACCCCCGGAACCCUCCGAGGUACCCCCGGGACCCCCCGGUGCCGCCCCCGGCCCGUCGCUCGUCGCCGACUACUCGGAUUCGGGCUCCGACAGCCCCUGAGACGAGUUUUUUUUGGGGGGGACCCCCCUCCCCCAAAAAAAGAUCAACCCCCCUUCCCACAAUUGUAAUUUAUAGCCGCGAGCGGUUCGGAAUUAAAUCUGUC